CCUGCGUUGCAGAAUAUCAGGGGCUAAAACCCCAAAAUCAAAGCUGGGAUUUUUUGGUUUCAGAGAAAGUUUGAGACUUUGAGAACGGAAAGGGAAGAUGGGUCAGUCGGGUCAAUGGCUAGAGAAGGCGUUGGUGGAUCUAUGCCAGAAGAUGGAAUCGGGUUUGGGCUUGGAUCGGGAUAUGAUUUCGGGUCUAGUCUCCUACUGUGAGCUAGCUGAUCCCAGAGACGCUAAAGAAUACCUUGAUAACAUAAUAGGGCAGGAGGUGGGGAAAUCUGUGAUUGAGGAGUAUCUCCAGAAAAGAGGUCGUUCAGAUCUUUGCAGCAGCACCCCGGAUGUUCCAGCCUCGAGUUUACAUGCAUAUGUUAAGCCACCAUCGAAUGAGUUUUCUGUAGGUGGAACCAAGAAACAACUGAAAACGCCAAAAGUGGCUAAAGUACCUAGUCAUCAGGAAGCUUCUAGCUCUCAGGGAAAGCCUCUUCCGGCUCAGGCCAGUGAGUCAAGGACCACAAAUAAUGCAAACCAAAGUAAUUCUAAGAAGAAGAAGGCUGGAAAAGUUGUUUCGCUUGCGGAGGCUGCUAAAGGAUCAAUUGUAUUCCAGCAGGGGAAGCCAUGCACGUGCCAAGCACGUCGCCACCGGCUUGUGAGUAAUUGUUUAUCAUGUGGGAAGAUAGUGUGUGAACAAGAGGGAGAGGGACCUUGCAAUUUUUGUGGAGCUCUUGUGCUGAGGGAAGGGAGCACUUAUGCUGGUCUGGAUGAGAGUUUCACUCCUGUGGUGUCAGAUGCUGAGGCAGCAGCUGAAGCUUAUGCAAAGAGACUCGUUGAGUAUGAUCGAGACUCUGCAGCCCGUACAACAGUGAUUGAUGACCAAAGUGACUACUUUGAAAUUGAGGGGAACAGCUGGUUAUCAAAGGAGGAAAAGGAACGUCUAAAAGAGAAGCAGGAGCAAAUUGAAGAAGCUGAGCGGGCCAAACGAAAUAGAGUAGUUGUGACUUUUGAUUUGUUUGGGCGCAAGGUACUUUUGAAUGAAGAUGAAGUUUCUGAACUGGAAUCAGAAAGCUUAACAUUGAAGCCACUAGAUGAAAGAGAAGUGAACCGUAUUAAACCGAAUCCUAGUCUUAAAGUGCAACCACUCUUUGUGGAUCCAGGCCCCAGAAAGAAGCCUGUUGUGAAAGGUAGGAAGGAAAACAAGAGCCCAACCAAAGGCUUGUGCUUAGAGAUAACUGGGAGGGUGCAGCAUGUCAACAAUGAUAUGAAAGAUCUUGUGGCUGACGAUCAAUUGGAGACAACUUCAAAUGAAAAUUUUUCUCAAGGGCCUUCUAUAAGUGGAGUUGUGCCUGAUGACGAUGAUGGAGGAAAAUGUUCUUUAGACUACCGUUAGGGGAGAUUAUGGGAUUUCAUUAUUGUUUUCAAAAGAGAUACAUUAAAGGAAUGGAAUUAAUAUACAAGUUUCCUACUA